AUGCGGGGUGGGCUUCACGUCUCGGCCCCUUGGCGGCCGGGCGCGGGGGACGCGAGCUCACGCCGCGCGCCUGCCCCUCUCUCCGCAGCGCCGGCGGGCGGACGGGCCGGGAGCCGCGAGCCCAUGGAGGGUCUGGGCCGUUCGUGCCUGUGGCUGCGGCGGGAGCUGUCGCCCCCGCGGCCUCGGCUGCUGCUCCUCGACUGCAGAAGCCGCGAGCUGUACGAGUCGGCGCGCAUCGGCGGGGCGCUGAGCGUGGCCCUGCCCGCGCUGCUGCUGCGCCGCCUGCGGCGGGGGGCCCUGUCGGUUCGCGCGCUGCUGCCCGGGCCGCCGCUGCAGCCGCCCCCGCCCGCCCCGGUGCUCCUGUACGACCAGGGCGGGGGCCGGCACCGGCGCGGGGAGGCGGACGCUGACGAGUGGGAGGCCGACUCGGUGCUCGGCACCCUGCUGCAGAAGCUGCGCGAGGAAGGCUACCUGGCAUACUACCUCCAGGGUGGCUUCAGCAGAUUCCAGGCAGAGUGCCCCCACCUGUGUGAGACCAGCCUCAGCAGCCGGGGUGGCCCAAGCACAGCCCCAGUGCCCAGCCCAGUGGUGGGGCUGGGCGGCCUGUGCCUGGGCUCGGACUACUCUGAUGCGGAAUCCGAGCCUGACCGCGACUCCAUGAGCUGUGGCCUGGAUUCGGAGGGUGCCACGCCGCCCCCAGGGGGGCUGCUGCCAUCCUUCCCUGUCCAGAUCCUGCCCAACCUCUACCUGGGCAGUGCCCGGGAUUCGGCCAACGUGGAGAGCUUGGCCAAGCUGGGCAUCCGCUACAUCCUCAACGUCACCCCCAACCUGCCUAACGUCUUCGAGAAGAACGGCGAGUUUCACUACAAACAGAUCCCCAUCUCCGACCACUGGAGCCAGAACCUGUCCCAGUUCUUUCCUGAGGCCAUCGCGUUCAUUGAUGAGGCCUUGUCGCAGAACUGCGGGGUGCUCGUUCACUGCCUGGCAGGCGUCAGCCGCUCUGUCACCGUCACUGUGGCCUACCUCAUGCAGAAGCGCCACCUCUCACUCAACGAUGCCUACGACCUGGUCAAGAGGAAGAAGUCUAACAUCUCACCCAACUUCAACUUCAUGGGGCAGCUGCUAGACUUCGAGCGGAGCCUGCGGCUGGAGGAGAGGCGCGCCCGUGAACGCAGCAGCGGGGGGCAGGAGUCGGCCGCCUCCGACCCACCGUCCUUCUUCACCACCCCCACCAGCGACGGUGUCUUUGAGCUGGACCCCACAUAGGGCGCCGUUCCACCCCCCCAUGGGUGCCCCUGACCACCCAUGUGCGGGGGUGG